CAGUUCCGAGCGGGACGCUUCCGGUGGGAGCUACGCCCCGGGACCUGUAGCUGGGGCGGACUCUUCCGGCGGCGGUGAGGAUGGCGACAGAGAACCACUGCGAUUUCCCGGUUCCCCCGAUCGGCGGCGUCGGCCUGGGAGGGCCGGGCGGGCCCUGCCGCCGGUGCAGCUCAGCGCCGCCGCCCGGCGCGGUGCCCGGCAAAUGGGUGCGGUUGAACGUGGGGGGCACCUGCUUCCUGACCACUCGGCAGACGCUCUGCAGGGACCCCAAGUCCUUCCUCUUCCGCCUGUGCCAGGCCGACCCCGACCUGGACUCCGACAAGGAUGAAACAGGUGCCUAUUUAAUAGACAGAGACCCGACCUACUUUGGGCCAGUGUUGAACUAUCUCAGACAUGGGAAACUGGUUAUUAACAAGGAUCUAGCUGAGGAAGGUGUACUGGAAGAGGCUGAAUUCUACAAUAUCACAUCACUAAUAAAACUGGUAAAGGACAAAAUAAGAGAAAGAGACAGCAAAAUCUCCCAGGUGCCAGUCAAACAUGUGUACAGGGUGUUGCAGUGCCAGGAAGAGGAACUCACUCAAAUGGUUUCCACAAUGUCUGAUGGCUGGAAAUUUGAGCAGCUUGUCAGCUUAGGUUCCCAGUACAGCUGUGGCCGGGCCCAGCAGUCAGAGUAUCUGCUGAUAGUGUCACGGGAAGUGAAAGGGGAAGAGAGAUGCUUCCAGAAAUGCUGCAGUGAGCUGGUCAGUAUUGGUUCUUCCUAUAACUAUGGCAAUGAAGAUCAGGCUGAAUUUCUGUGUGUUGUCUCAAAGGAAUUGCAUAACACUCCUUAUGGCACAACCAGUGAACCCAGUGAAAAAGCAAAGAGUGAGGAUGAAGAGACGGAUUACGAUAUGAAUGACUCAGAUUAAGUGUAAAUGCCAUGAUUUUGCAAGAACGAGGUUCCAGGAUGUGAAGACAGUAUUGUACGGUGACAAUUUUUUCUCUUUUAUUCCAAGACACAGUGAAUUGUCACACUGAAGACACUUGGCUGGAAAAAAAAGAAAAAAAUCUGAUUUGACAAUUUUCUGUUGAUUGGGGUUCAACCGUUUUUGCCUAUAAGCUGGUGUCAGCUGGCUGAAAGCAUUGCAAGAUUACAUACUGGGAAUAGAUGGUGUGGGAGUGUUUGUUAAGUUUUGGUUGUAGUGCAUGGUUGUUCUCUCUUGUGGGCUGACUGGCAGUGGUCAUUUGAAAAGAAAUGACCAUGCACUCCUAUUUUCCUCUGAGACAUGUAGCACUUAAUGUCUGGUGCUGGAUGACCCAAUAUUGAUCGGUUCGGAGACAUUUUCUUACUAAUCGUUGUAAACAUUUAAAGGACAAUGUAAUUGGUGCUACACACACACACUCAUUACAGCCCACAAAUGCAAAUAUUUGGGCCUACGUUGUUUCAGAGUCAGUGGCAGCCCCAGCUGACUGUGUUAUACUGCACAUUCCUUAUGGCUCUGUGACAUAAUCUAUUGUGUAAUGACAGCCUAGGAGAUCAACUGAAACUAGCAUGUAAAAAGUUACACAACAGGCAAAGGGUUUCUCUCAAGGAGGGGUGUAUAUAUUGACUGGAUUUAUAGUGUAUUUUAAUACCCAAAGGGAAGACUAAACUCAGAGAAAAUGGCCUCCUGAGUUAUUCUUGAUGUUCUUUUUGUUAAACCAGUCUCCUGCAAAAGUGAUGCUCCAGUCUUAGCCAGGUGUUUGAAAGGGGAAUCAAAAUUGGCGUGAAAUGAACAACUGAACAUUCUGUUUCUUCUGAGAUGUUUGUACUCACAUGUGUGUUUGUGCUUUUAUAGAAUGCCUUUGAGCAUUGAACUCUUUGGAUUAUGGUAGAGAUUUUCCAAGAGCUGGAGGCUGUACAGUAAUACAGCUGGCGUGUCUUAGGUUACUGUCCCUAUGGCUGGGAUUCAAAUCAACCUUGAGUGUGAGCACAAGGUCGUCCAGUUGAAAAACUUCAUUAUUUCAGACAUUCAGGAUACCUGUAAUCAAUCUUUCUCUUUCUGUACCAUUUCAACUGUGCUGUUAAAGAAUACUGGUUGAAAACUGCUGGUGCAGCUUUAUUUGUCCUUGAUGAAGGCUAAUACACAAGACUGGAGCUUUUUAAUACACUAUGUUUUGAGCAAAAUCUUUAGCACAUCUUUAAAACACUUAAUGAAAUUGACAGUAUAAGCCCGGGCUUAAUUGUCUUACAAAAGCAGUGGAAGGGAGUUUCAAAAAGCUACAAGGUUGUUUUGACUUCUAAAGAGAUCAGUUUUCAUUCUCAGUAAUUUCAGAAUUUAUCCAUAUACUCUUGGUAAGGUCUACUUGUGGCUUGGGGGUUUUUGGUUGGUUGGUUUUGGUUUUUAAAGGACUUGUUAUACAUUGAUAAAAGUUUGGCAGAAGCAAUUUGUAAAAACCAUUUCUACUAAGCAGGUUAAGCAACGGGCUCAUUGUUUUGUCCACGUAGCUUACGCUUGAAGGGUUUGUAAUGCAUUUUGCAACUUGGUCGUGGUCCGUGCGGGAAGCUGCUGGCCCCUCCACAGCAACGCAAAAUGUUUGACUUUUUUUAAGAUGUUAAAACUGAAUUUGAAUUUAUUAAAAAUGUAAUUGUGUAGGGGGGAAAAAAAAAUGUUUAUACUUUUAUACUUUUUUAGACACCCGUAUUUUUCAGCUUAAAUUUAGCACCCAAAUUGCCCCUCAAUAGUAACAGACUAUCUUGUGUAUCUGAAAGCAAGCAGAACAGUUGUCUGUGUUAACCGCAUGUUAAAACAUUUCCUCUGCUGCAGUCACUGGGGUUUCAAACAGUACAACUCCACUAAAUUCUCUGAGCUCCCUCGUUUAUGGAAUUGCAGCCAACCAUGAUGGUUUUCUUGAUGUGCUCUACUGAGUGAUUCUGCAUUGACCUCUGUAGAUUUUUAAUGCCUGAAAUGCCUGUUUCCCAGCGAUCAUUCUGAACGAGCGUUUCUGUUCUCUCCUAUCUACACCCAAAAAAGACAGAAUAUUUUAUUUCAUAAAGUGAAAUUUUCAAGAAUGACAGCAGCAAAGCAUGAGUAACAAAGUGAGCAAACUGAACAAAUUUGGAGUAUGUAAGAGUGGGUUUUCUAAGUAUGUUUUUUUUCACUGGAGAAGUUUCCGUGUAAUGCUUUUUGGGAUGCUUCUUGGUGAGAUAACAGCGAUCCAAUUUACAUUGUACCUCUGUCAUAGCCAAGUUUGGGGAAAUGAGUGGUUAAUGAUUUUGCACUUUGUCUCCAGUAUCUCACAAAGCUUUUAAGAAAGGAGAGGAAAAAGGUAACUUGAGUAGGGAGGUACCCUGGAAAUUAUUUCACAGAUGCUGUUGUUUGAGACCACCUGAACCAACUGCUUUCCUGUUCUUGCUAAUGUCAUCAUUGCUUUAAUUUUUGUGAACAUAUGAGGCUUUCACAUAGAUGGAAGUGCUACCCUAUGCCUUUUCCAAGGCAUUAAGACUAGAUCCCUAAAUAAGUUUGGGGUUUUUUUUACUUUUUUUUAUUUGGCUCUUGUAAUAUCAAAUAAAGUUAGCUACAGUAACAAGGCAAUUGCAUUAGAGUUCAAUCUAUAUCACCAGGUUUUGCAAAUACUGCUUCCAUCCUGCAGGAUGAGGUUUAAAGUCCUUUGUUCCUUUUCUGUCAUUUGGAGAGUAUUUGAUCAAGAGCGCUGCCCGUGACUAUGGAAAGCCUAAUGGUUCACUAGGUGGCUGUAGCUGAAAAGCCAUACUGCAAAAAUCUUUGACAUGAACGCUGGAUUUGCACAGUUCCUCUGUUCUUAAAACAGUGUUCCAAGUUAGAAUCUAAGAUCCUGAGCAUGAAGAAUUCCUGGCAGAAGAAAAUAAAGCAGGAAGGGCGAGAUACCAAGGCAUGACAGUUAAUCAAGGUGGUCUUGCAUGAAAAUGCAAAUUCCAUGAACAAUUUAACUUUCUUCUGUUUUGCUGUAAGAAUAUCCAGUGAAGUUUAGCCUGUUGUCCAUGGAAGAAGAGGUUGCUUCAGUGGAUUUUCCCUUAUGUUCUUUAAACGCCUUUGCACGACAAACUUAAUGCAAAACUUGUUUAAAAACUGAGAAGUUGAAGUUGCUUGCUUUGAGUUAGGAGACAGCAUAUUGUUGGCCGUAAGUUUUGUCAGAGGCUAAUUCUCUGUAUUGCAGAAGAUAUUUUUAUAUUAAAUUCUUCUGGCAUCUUCAAGCAGCAAUUAAAUCAGAGUUCAUCUGCAACGAACAAGUGAUUCUAAAGCCUCUAAAAUGUGUCACUUGGUCCAUAAUAACAGUCCAGAAGUAUAAAUUGACUCAGCAGCUCCCACAGUAAAUGUGAAAUAGAUACUACUUCUUAUUUUUAAACAAAAGACAAAAAGUUACCUGAAAUUUUCUCUGACUUACUGUGGAGUUCCAUGGAUUAUGGGUAAUUGCAGUUUGUUAUCCCACAGUAGUUUAAUUGUGUGUGAAAGACCUGUUUGUAUUUAGAAGCUGAUACUGAUUCUUAACUAAACUUUUGAGUCCUCAGAAUCCUAUACUCAGGAAGUUUGGCCAAUGUACUAUUUUCUCUUCCAAUGCAGCUAGGUUUCUUGUAAUGAUGAAAGUUCCUUUUGCCUUUCCUUCCUUGUAGUAUUAUUAAAAGAUAUUUCUUUAAGAAAUUGAUGUAUCCAUCCAGCUUCUGUCUUCAGCCUUUCUUUAGACAACAGCUGUGUAGCUCAAUUUCUAGCAAUGUGAAUGCAUGGUUAAGGUUGUUUAAGAAACAAGACUGUUUCCUGAGAUAACAAAAUUGAAUCAAUCUCUUUCUCUGAGAGAGGGUGGGGGGUUUUCAGGAGAAAAAAUAAAACCUAGGGGAUUAAACAAGAGCAAACUUGAUUGCAGGCAUGCUUAGGGAAGAGGUCUGCUAAGUAAGACGAUGGUGUUUCCAGCAAACUGCUUCUCAGAACAGGAGACUGUAUUUUGUGAACGUCUGUUGAGGUUGUUGAGAGCUGUCAGUCUCUUUUUGAGAGACACACUAAUUACAAAACACUGGGGUUUAGUGUUACAAGAAUGAACUUUUGAAUGCAAAAAUGCAAUAGUAUCUGAUUGAAUGAAACGACAUAGAAACUGGAGUAUAGUGGGUAUGGUCCAAACAUUCAGGUAUAUUGGAAUACAUUCCUUGGGAGGUACUGAGAGAAAAGUCAAGUACUGGGCUUGUUGUGGGGAUGGGUCAAGUGAAAAAGAGUCUGGAGAUGAAGCCUGGGAUUUUGUUCACUAGAGAUGCGAUAAAAUCAGAGUGGUGUUCUCCUAAUUUAUUCUCACUGCAUCAAAAGCAUCUGUCAAGUUUUUCAAAUUAAAUUCUUCAAUCAUCCCUGAAAGGUGGGGCCCUUGAAAAGAGAAGAGAUUUGUUAUGCCUUUAACAGUUCCUGUUAGCUCAGGACAGUAGGAUUAAAAGCUCCAGUGCUCAUUGGAGAAUGCCUUUUCUAACAACUGUUUUGAGAAUGCUGCCUGUUACUUGGUUUUAGUUUAGACUGCAGUUAUCUCCAGCUUUGAGGACAAUCUCAGGAUCUUGCCUGGGUUUGUGUGCAGAAUUACUGAGUCUUAAAAUAGUUUAAAUCUUCAAUUUAAAAAAAAAAAAAAAAAAGUGAAAAAAAAAGUGGAAGGCUUUCUGAACUCAGUGUUGUAGAACUUUUCUUUUGGGUUCAUGACAAUCAGGAGCUGUCUUUAAAGGCUUCUUACUGAACUGAGGCUUUAAAGGGCUACAUAGAUCUUAUUGUUCAGUUUACCUAAUGAGUGUCAGACAGAAGGAGCUCCUUCCAUUUUCAGUGCAGAAAUGCUAAGGGCUAAAAUCCUUUCCAGGGCUCAUCUGACAUUCUGGAGACAUAAAAUGUUUUAAAAGCAGCUUGUCUAGUUUUCCUUCAACUCACAGGCUCUGCAAUAAUGUUUACAAAUGGCUGAAGCAGUUACAGAUAUGAAUGAGUGUUUGUAUGUGGGGCUUGGACUUUUUGGUGUCCAGCAUGG